AUGUUGACCCUGCUGGGCCUCAUCACUGCUGCUGCUACUGCCGUGGCAGUGCCCCUGGAGCAGCAGCAGCCCCUCGCCCCUGUUGACAAGUUGAUGCCACACCUGAACCUGAACACACCAGGCGCAUCUACAGAGGCCCAACCCCAACCUCUCACAGGGCGCUUUCUACACAUCACAGAUUUUCAUCCUGACCGGUACUACAAAGCGGGUUCCUCACCCGACAAGGGUUCAUGCCACCACGGCCAAGGCGAAGCAGGAUACUUUGGGCAAGAAGGAUCGGACUGUGACUCGCCGCUCGUCCUGGUAGACGAGACAUUCCGCUGGAUCAAAGACAACAUCAAAGAUGAGAUCGACUUCGUGAUCUGGACCGGCGACUCAGCCCGACACGACAACGACGAAAAUAUCCCCCGCGACCAAGACGAAAUUCUCGAAAUAAACCGCUACAUGUCACAGAAAUGGGUCGAUUUAUUCGGAACCUCCAACUCACCCGAUCGAUCCGCGGGCCGUCUCUCCGUCCCCGUCGUGCCUACAUUCGGCAACAACGAUAUUCUCCCGCAUAACAUUUUCCGCGGCGGACCGAAUGCCUGGACGAAGAAGUUCAACGAGAUCUGGGUUGAUUUCAUCCCCGAGGAUCAGCGGCAUAGCUUUGUUCAGGGCGGUUGGUUUACCAGUGAGGUCAUUCCUGGCAAAUUGGCCGUCAUUAGCUUGAACACGAUGUACUUUUUCGAAUCCAAUAGUGCUGUCGACGGGUGCAAGGAUCGAUCUGAGCCCGGGUAUGAACAUAUGGAGUGGCUGCGGGUGCAGUUGCAGAUUCUGCGCGAGCGCGGCAUGAAGGCUAUCCUGAUGGGUCACGUUGCGCCCGCGCGCUCAGAUGAAAAGACCAACUGGGACGAGACCUGCUGGCAGAAAUAUACGGUGUGGAUGGAUCGGUACCGGGAUGUGGUUGUCGCAAGUCUCUACGGGCAUAUGAAUGUUGACCACUUCGUCCUGCAGGAUAGUCACGCCGCGGACGCGGGUGAGCUAUCGGAGAAGCAGAGCGAUGGGACUGUCUCUGCCAUGUCCAAGUCGGAUUACCUUGUUUCUUUGCGGGGCCAGUGGUCCGACCUCCCAUCUGUACCCGCGGGCUUGGAGAACGUUCAGAAGAUGGAAGACUUCUUCGAGGCGAACAAGAAGAAGGGCAAGGAAGAUAAGGAGGAGAAGAAGAUUCGCAAAUAUUUGAAGAAGAUUGGAGGCCCGUGGGCUGAGCGAUACAGCGUAUCGUUGGUUUCGCCCAGUCUCGUGCCGAAUUUCUUCCCGACACUGCGCAUGGUGGAGUACAACCUGACGGGGUUGGAGAAUGUCGGCCAAACCGACGAACACGCAAAAGAAGAAGAAAAGAAGGGCAAAGGAAAUGGCAAGGGCAAGGGCAAGAAGAAGCCCAGCUUCAAGGCGCCCAAGCCACCAUCCUCCACGGCCCCGCCUGGCCCGGCCUACUCCAACCAGGCGUUGACGCUGCUGGGUUACACGCAGUACUAUGCCAACCUCACACGACUUAACGAGGAAGCGACUCAAUCAAAGAAAUCCCCACGCCUGGAGUUCGAGGUGGAAUACACCACGAGCGACGAUGUGUACGAGAUGAGUGAUCUCACCGUGCGCAGUUUCCUUGAGCUUGCGACCCGGAUUGGGGAAGCUGGGGAGGUCUCGAGCCAGAAGAAAGGCAAGGUCAAUGCAGUUUGGCGAGCGUUCUUGGAGCGGGCUUUUACGGGGUACAUGGAUGUCGAAGAGCUGGAAGAGAGCUUUUAA